AUGGAGGGACAGACCCCAGGAGACAGAGGCCUUUCGGAAAAGCCAGUCCCCACGGCCGCCCGCCCCAGUCUGUCCUCACUGGGCGCUGUCUUCAUUCUCCUGAAGUCCGCGCUGGGCGCCGGUCUGCUCAACUUCCCAUGGGCCUUCCACAAGGCGGGUGGGGUGGCCCCCGCUUUCCUAGUGGAGCUGGUCUCCCUGGUCUUCCUGAUCAGUGGGCUGGUCAUCCUGGGCUAUGCCGCCUCCGUCAGCGGCCAGGCCACCUACCAGGGCGUGGUCGGAGGGCUGUGUGGCCCCACCAUCAGGAAGCUGUGCGAGGCCUGCUUCAUCGUCAACCUGCUCAUGAUCUCCGUGGCCUUCCUCAGGGUGAUCGGGGACCAGCUGGAGAAGUUGUGUGACUUCCUCCUGCCCGGCGCCCCGCCAGCCCCGCAGCCCUGGUACGCCGACCAGCACUUCACCCUGACGCUGCUCUCCAUGCUGGUCAUCCUGCCCCUGUCCGCCCCGCGUGAGAUCGGGUUCCAGAAGUACACAAGCAUCCUAGGCACCCUGGCCGCCUGCUACCUGGCCCUGGUCAUCGUGGCACAGUACUACCUCGGGCCCCAAGACCUCGCUCGUGAGCCCCGCCUGGCGUCGAGUCCUUCCUCCUGGACCUCCGUAUUUAGUGUCUUUCCCACCAUCUGCUUCGGAUUUCAGUGUCACGAAGCUGCCGUGUCCAUCUACUGCAGCAUGCGCCACCAGAGCCUCGGGCACUGGGCCCUGGUCUCCGUGCUGUCCUUGCUGGCCUGCUGCCUUGUCUACUCGCUGACAGGCGUGUACGGCUUCCUGACCUUCGGGACAGACGUUUCUGCUGACAUCCUGAUGUCCUACCCAGGCAACGAUGGGGUCAUCAUCGUCGCCCGGGUCCUCUUCGCUGUGUCCAUCGUGACUGUCUACCCCAUCGUGCUCUUCCUGGGGAGGUCGGUGAUGCAGGAUUUCUGGAGGAGGGGCUGCUGCUGGGCGUGUGGGCCCCAGGCCCUGGCCGAGCCCUUGGGGCCAUGGGUCCGGAUGUCGCUGACUGUCCUGUGGGUCACCGUGACGCUCGCCAUGGCCCUGUUCCUGCCCGACCUCAGCGAGAUCAUCGGCAUCAUCGGCGGCGUCAGCUCCUUCUUCAUCUUCAUCUUCCCAGGUCUGUGCCUCAUUUGUGCCAUCAGCGUGGAGCCUGUAGGACCCCGAGUUAAGUGCUUCCUGGAGGCCUGGGGGGUGGUCUCCGUGCUCGUCGGCGCCUUCAUCUUCGGGCAGAGCACGGUGGCGGCUGUCAUCGAGCUGCUCUGA